AGUAGCAGCCAUCGUGCCACAUCUCUCGGCCCACGAGAACACGAGCUCGCAAUCCCGACCCAACCCUAACGCCGGAGGAGAUCGAUCGAUCGACCAAGUUAGGGUUCGGGUCCUUCGGUAUCUGCGGCGAGGGAGCUUGCCAGAUAUAUCAACCCCGUCUCUUCCUGUCUAUUCGAAGCCAAACGUCCCUCGAUCUUUUGGAUUGACGUACGGGUAUUCCAGUUUUCGUAAUUCAAUCGGUCCGAUAGAGUGCGAUGGAUUCGGAGGAGGAUGAUUUCGGGGACCUUUAUGUCGGCCUCGAUGACCAGGUGAACGCCGGGAUCACUGCCAUCGGUGAAUCGCACUCGGCAAAGGAGUUCGAUUCUACGAGCGAGGAGUGCUGCGCGGAUGAACGAGCUGGUGAGGCGGGUGAGAGGCAGAUGGGUUGUCAUGCGGGCCGGGAUUUGGAUUUGGAGGCGGAUGAUAGUGAGAGCGAAGACGAACUCCACAUAGUUUUGAACGAAGAGGACGGUUCUAACUUACCGACCUCAGAGAGAUGUAACGGUGGGAUGAGAGUAGCAUGGUGUGAAGAAGAAGAGGAUGAGGACGAGGAUUUGGUGAUUGUUACUGGCUCCGAACAUCAUCAGAAUAAUAGCCGGAAACACGGUGAACGGUUGUCCAAUGUGGAUGAGCUGAAGCAAAGAAGUGCAGAAAGAGUUGGUGUGCCAAAGGUUGUCUGUAAUGGCUGGUGUGUUGGAUCACAUAUGGGAGGAUUUCAUAAUAAAUUAUUAACUCCAUUGUCUGAGAGAGGUGAAUGGGAUCAGCUUAUGCCAUCAUCCUCAGGGGUUUCUACGUCCUGCAAUUCAUGCAUCUCUCCUGCAGCCCAAACUGGGUGUCAUUUUUCUUUGCCUAGAAAAAGGUCCAUUUUUGACAUUAAUAUUGAAGCAUUUGAACAGAAACCCUGGAGGCAACAGGGUGUGGAUAUAACAGAUUAUUUUAAUUUUGACCUUAAUGAGGAGAGUUGGAAAACCUACUGUCAGAACUUGGACCAGAUCAGGCAGCAAGCUAAAAUGUCUACCCAAUUUUCUGUUGAUGAAUCAUCAAGGUUGAGUCAGGUACUUAAACUUGAGCAAAGGCCAUCUACAGUUAAUGAUGCAAGUGACUCUGUUCAAUUUGUAAAUGGAGAAAGAGUUCCUUACGCCAUGGACAAUCUUGACAAGGGAUUAACAAAGCUUGAGAUGAGUAAAGGUAGAGCAAUUCAGGUUGAACAUGGUAUUGGUGAACGCAUUCCAUCAAUGGAUACAAGGCGACCAAGACAUAGGGACUCUGUGGUUAUUCAAGUGACCAUGGAGGAAUCUAUAGAGGAUGGGUUAGCAGAAGAAUCAAGAAAUUCAGAAAAGCAAGAUAGAGUUUACUUGGAACCAAAACCAAUAUAUGAUAAUGGGAAUACUAAUGGUAUGUUGUGCCUAAACCUAGAUGGCCUAGUAGGUCCUGCUACUUUGUCCUCUCCCAAGACACCGGAAACAAAUUCCAAGGCAACUACUGAGGCAGUUGUGACCAAACUACGCCACAAGAUUGAUGACACAGAGGAUCCUUCGAGUGCAAAUGACUCUAAACAUAAAGCUGCAUCUCAUUCUGCUAUUCAAGCUAAUAACAAUUCAGGUUCUUCAGACUCUGACAGCCAUUAUAAAGCAUCCACGGACUUGGAUUGUUCAAAGAAGAUGCAUAGUUUCGUGAAAAAAUUUCCUAUGAAUGCAGUCACCAGAUCACGAGAAUCAAGCAAAUCUUCUUGUUAUUAUUCAAAUGGUUCCAGAAGCAACAUUAUAAAGUCAAAGGAAAAAGAUUGGAAGUGUAACAGUGAUUGUCUUAACCUCUCUCCAAAUUAUUGCAGAGAUCAUAUUGGAAGUAGACUUGACUGCAUGGUUGCUUCUGCGUCUUGUGAAGAAGCUUCUGUCCUGUCUUAUAGGACAAGCCAGAAUGGCAUUGAUACUUUUGGAGUGGGCAGUAGGACAGGGGAAGGGAAACAUGAUUCUGAUCUAGUUGUUGGGGGAUAUUCGUCUUUUGAUUAUGAAAGAAGAAAAUCAAGAAAUUAUAAGAGCAGAAUAUAUGCUGAAAAGCAUUUGAGUGUAAAAUCUUCUACCAGAGCAUCUCAGAGGAAGGGAAAUCAUGAUACCAAUCACAAGAGACACUUGGUGGUGGGAGAUUGUUCUCGUCCAAAAAGUGUUGCAUCAGAGGAGAAUGGAACAGCUUUUGAAGACCACUUUCAUAGAUGGUAUCAUGAUGAGAGAGAGAUAGUAAGUGAUGCUUGUGAGGAUUCUAAUGAAUCCAUUUUAAAAUAUAAUACAAUUUUCUUGGAAAAGGACGCAUUUUUAUGGCAUCAGAAGAGAAAAGUGGUUCAGGAUCAUUUUAGGAUCAAAGAUGGACGUGAUGUAAACACAAUUCAGCACAGAUAUAGAGAACAGAAUUUGCAUGUAGUGCAAAGAAGACCUGUAGCUAACUUUAUUAGGGAAGGGGGAAGCCUCUAUCACAAAUCUGAUGGACAUGUACCACUCCCUGCCACAGAAAUAAGAAACUCAAAAAGAAGAUACAAUGACACAAGCUCCUGUAGCGAGAUGGACAUAUCAAAUUGGUAUAUUGAACAUGAUGCAAUACCGCAUCAAAGAGAUCUGCAUGGUGCCAUUUCACCAAGAGAAUAUGUUGACCAGAAACAAUCUCUUGUUGUCAGAGAUAGACAUAGUAGAAAUAAGGGAUAUGGAAAUCAUUUUCCAAAUGGCAACUAUCAUGGGCAUUCAUCAUAUAAAAAUGAUAUCAAACUUUUCUCUAAUGAAUAUAGAAUGGAUGAAAGGGGUUUAUAUUCUGAUGAGAAUGUGGAGUUCGAGUUCAGUCCAUUGACUACGCGACAACUUUGUUCUAAUGAUGAAAUCUGGCUUGAGCAUCGAGAACAAGUUGGCUUGUCUACUAAUGAAGGAUCCUUUAAAUGUGCAAAGAAUUCAAGAAAUGAGAAAAGUCAUGUUAACCAGUAUGCAAUUAGUUACAGUGAUGAUGAUGUAUUGGUUAAUGAUAGAAAGAAAAUAUUUGCCGAAGAAUCUGCUGCACCUCUGUCAAAGGAAUAUAAUAGAUUUGUUUUGGACAAUUUUGAUAAGAGAAGACAUGAGCUGGGAACCUUAGAGCACCAGGAGGCUGUUAAUUUGCAUUUGAAUGGUUUGAAAAGAAAGCACCUUAGACAAGGCAAUCUAGAUACAAGUAAAACUGGGAGGCAGAGUAACACACAACAUCAAGGAGAUAAAAAGGCCAGGAGUUCCAGGCCUAGAAAAAGGGCUUGUCGGCAAGGGGUUGCUUCAUGUAUCUCAAAACUCAAAAGAAGUCAUCAACAUGCAGUUAGUUUGGAUGCAGUUAGAGACUUUGAUAGAGACAACCCAGAUGACCACACCAUGAAGAAAUGCCAGGACAAGAAAUCAAUCCCACAAAAUCAUGAAGAUGAUGAAAUUGAGGAGGGCCAGCUCAUUGAAGAACCUGAUGACCAAGUGGUUGGCUCAUCAACAAAGGAUCAAAUUCCCAUGGCAGUUAAACCUAUCUUGUCGGUUCAUUUAGAGGAGAAAAACAAACAAUCCAAAGAAACCACCACAGAUAGUGACACCAGUGGGGGAUACUACAACAAGCACAUACUGGAGACACUGGCAAACAUGAAAAAACGUCUAGAGAGAUUCAAAGAACCAAUUGCUCCAAAACGAGUAGAGAGGAGUCUGAAGUUGCAGCAUGAUGUCGCAGCUGUAACAGAUGAAGUUAAGCAGCAAAGACCUGCCAGAAAACGGCGAUGGGGUCAGAGUGGACCACUAUAAAGGCCCGUAAACCCUUUUUUUUUAAAAGUUCUUAUAAUUCACUGCUCAAAUUAUCUGCUGAUGACAUUACAGGGUGAUCAGAGAUUGUGAGAACCAAGUGAAAGUGAAAGUUCCCCACCAAACAUCAUUGGAAAUACCUUGUUCCAACGUUCUUAAGGUUCACUAUCUUUGAAUAACUGUCUGAACGACUCUUUUUUUAGUUUAAUUUUGCUCAUAUCGAAUGGAAAUUUAGUGUGAUGUGCUUAUUAUGUUUCUGUAUAAAGAUUUGAAAUCGAGUGACUAUGAAAGUUGCAUCUGUUUAUUUUUCUCCUUUUAUGUAAACAAAUCUUUGACGAAAGGGCUUUAGCUUGGUCCAUUCUAAUGGCCAGAAUUGUGAGUUAGUGACUA